AUGUGUAGCAGCGACGUAAUGCAGGUCAAGAUAUCCAUCCUGGGUGGAGACCCCGACUUAGGGCCUAUCGAUAAUACCCGACUUGCAUCGUUAAACUCGAACCAAGUCCUUGUAUACUAUCGUCUCACUUACUUCCUAGCUCUGCAUAUCCUGAAAAUCACAUCAAAAUUCCUUGGUGAUCCCUGCUACCCCACUAUGGCUUCCAACUCGAACAGGCACCCCACCAGCGUGCUAUUUGUCUGCCUGGGAAACAUCUGUCGUUCCCCGAUGGCCGAAGGAGUGUUCCGCAACCUGGCCGCUACCCACCCCUCCAUCGGUGAGAUCGACUCCGCUGGUACAGCCGCCUACCACAGCCUCGAGCCGCCCGACUCCCGCACCAUGUCCACCUUGCGCCGCCACAAAAUCAUCAACUACGAGCAUGCUGCCCGAAGAGUGACAAGGGAAGACUUCCUCACCUUCGACUACCUGCUCGCUAUGGACAAGUCCAAUCUCCGCGACCUGGAGGAUGUGCGCGACUCGGUUAUUGCGACUCUGCAGAGGAAGACCGACACCAAGCCAAGCUCGAGGAGUACGCGGUCGCACGUAGAUGCUGCCAUCGGUGCAUACGGGGCUGAUGCGAAGGUUGCCGAGGUGCGGAUGUUUGGUGAUUUCGGCAAGGGUGGAAAGCUGCACGAUCGCGUUGGCGGCGGUGAGGUGGUGAAGGAUCCUUACUAUGGGGGUGCUAAUGGGUUCGAGGAGGUCUACGAGCAGGUUGUGAGAUUCUCCCAAAACUUCAUGGAAUACUUAGAGCAAAAAGCCAUUGACUCUGAGUGA